CACGGUGACUUUCACGCGCUCACAUCACGCCAUCGGAAUCUCCCGCAGCUGCGCAGACUCCGCAGCGUCCACCAUCCUCGAGCUUUCUGCGCAGAUUUGCUGCACUUUCUUUAAAGAGCUGCGCCUCAUCUGAGCCACAUCCGUGCACACUGGCACCCAGUGACCGUCCACUGCGCGCACCACAGCUCAAGUCUUCUUGACAGACUUGAACUGACGGCGCUAGCCUGGAUCCCAGCUGAGCGUCCGCAGUGUCUCCGAGCAGACGCACUCACAGACAGAGCCGAGGACACGCAGCCGAACUUCAGCUGCCUCAGAGCAUCCCUCAGCCCUUCAUCUCUUAAUCAUCUGCCAUGACGGAUCCCAGCCUCACGUCGCCCUCCGGCACCCAGCUGCGCUCCCCCACCGCCCCUCUCACCCUCUCCUUCCCCUUCCCGAGGGAGGGGAGCCGGCUGUGGGAGGAAGGGCGGGAGCCCCAACUUCCACGGGACCUGCCGAGCCCGCUGCCGACCAAACGCACCCGGACCUACUCGGCAACGGUUCGCGCUCACUCAGGUCCAGUUUUCAAAGGUGUGUGUAAGAACUUUUCCAGAUCACAAGGCCACGGUUUCAUCCAGCCUUCCCACGGUGGAGAGGACAUCUUUGUUCACAUUUCAGACAUCGAGGGGGAGUACGUCCCAGCCGAGGGGGAUGAGGUCACGUACAAAGUGUCCCGGGUCCCGCCUAAGAACAUUAAGGUGCAGGCCGUGGAGGUGAAGAUCAUCCAUCUCAAGCCGGGGACGAAACACGAGACCUGGUCUGGACAGGUCAUCAGCUCGUAGGAUCUGAGCUCUGAGGCGCUCAGGGUGGCACAUCUGCUCUGGGACUCUUCUCUUUCCUCACUCCGCUCGAACGUUAUGGUUAUUUUUUUGGACAUUUUUUAUUCUGCACAUAAAGGUACUCAGAGUUACUGAGAGGUUCAAAUUAAGUAGUCAUUAGAGUUGACUGUUACAUCCCGAUAAAGAUUACCUGUUUUCUUCAAACCUGCUUUGAAACUGACCAGGGCUGCUGCUUCUUCCCACGAUACAUCUCUUCUAUUUGUUGGCCCCCACACUGGCCUCCUGGCCUGACAGUCUUAUAUGCAUAAUCUGUUUGUUAGCAAAAUAUUCCAUGAAUCAGCUAGCCAACUCAAAAUGACUAUAACUCAAAUACUGAGGCAAAAGGUGUUAGUAGCUGAGAACUCAUGCUGUGAAACUGACAACAUGCUAUCAGAGCCUGCUUUAGGUUUGGAGAGCCAGGGCCCCCUGCCACGUAUAGCCCCUCCUGCAGGAGGUGAGCCCAGGAAGGCAAACCCAUGUAGCUCAUUUAGGCUGAGACCGACAGCGGUAGCUAGCGGCCCAGUUGUCAGGAGCCCAUUGACAAGCCCCUCCCCAGGCCUGGCUUCAAGGUGGGCGCCAGGUAACCCACAUCUGUGCAAACAUUAAGCUCCUUGUGUUCUGUCCAUAUGAGUGUCAUGAAUUGCUCUUUGUCUGGGUAACUUGGGACCAGUCUACCUUGGGAGACCCUAACAGGCACAUUUGCCUUCAGCAGCAUAGCUACAGGGAUGAUGAGCGCACACAAACACCUCCACCAUGAUGAGGGGGUUAAUUCACGGAGGAGCUUGAUAUUUCUCUGUGCAGCCAGGGGCCAGGAGGGGUCCGGUUUAGUGACCCCAGGAUUGUGUCCAUGCUAUUAUUUGCAUAUGAUGUGCUCUUGUCGGGAGUCAUUGUGCCAUAAUCUCCAGCUCUCCCUGGAAUGGUUCGCAGCUGAGUGUGAAGCUGCUGGGAUGAGGACCAGCACCUCCAAACCUGAGGCCAUGGUCCUCAGUGGGAAAAGGGCAGACUGCCCACUCUGGGCUGGGAGUCAGGAUCCGCCUCAAGUGAAGGAGUUUAUAUAUUUGGGAGUUUUGUUUGUGUGUAAGGGAAGAAUGGGGCGUUAGAUCGACAGAUGGAUCGGUGCAGCUUUUGCAGUAUUGUGCACGCUGUGCCGGUCUGUUUUGGUGAAGAGAGCUGAGCCGCAAGAAGAAGCUCUUUGUUCAGUCCUAUGGUCACUAACUUCUGGAUUUGACACAAAGAACAAGAUUGCAGAUAAAAGCAGUCAAAAUGAGAAGUUUUAAUGUUCUUUUUUUAAAUCAGGGACCGACCACACAUUAAGCAGAUUUCAAACUAAACUUGAAUAUAGCACAGAUUUGAAGACUGUAACAUGACUAAAUCUGAAUUUGUUUCUGCUUCUCGUUUUAGCAGGAGCAACUUGGUUGUUUUCUGAACUUCUUAAAAAGUUUCCAAGGUCACAUGUUGGCUGAAAGUGAGUCAGAUGACCUGGUGUAAACUCCACUGUUGUUAGACUUUCAAAAGACGAGUACCAACGACUGGCUUUAGACAAUAGCGGUUGUGAAAGAACGAUUGCAAAAUUGGUCCAAAACAAGAAAAACACUAACUCUGACCUAAUCUUGGUUUUGGAUCAAUUUAAAAACAUGACCUGCCUGGGUUUGUUGUAAACGUGAAAAGAAAUGUAAAGAAGUUUGGAAUGAACGAUGCUGUAAAGUUUAAAAAUAUGCUCCGUCAUAAAACUUUCACACUUUCAGAUGAAAUGGUAAAACCGGCGGCUGGCAUUUCACAACUUUGAGCGGAAAAGUACAUCAACGAAUCUUUCAUGAAUGCAAACUGUAUCAUUUAGUUAUGUUGAUUAGUUACGUGUCUGUUACAAGAGUUACAUUUUGUUCUGUACAGUGAAAAAUACAGCAUCAGAUCCGUUAGAUUAGACAUCAGUUAAAUUUGGGAGAAAAAGGAGAUCCGUCUGAGCCUUCUGGCCUGGGGCCUUUCUUUGUGGCGGCUUCAUGUCCUCCCUGUAAACACGAGGAGUACUCUGGUUUCCUCCCACUGACCUAAAACUUGCAUGUUAGGUUCAUUGUGCCUAGGUGUGUUUAAGACUGUGAAUGGUUUGUCUUGUUUGUGUGACCAUGUGAUGGACCUGUCCAAGGUGUACCCACCUCUGCUGGAGCACCAGCUCCCAUGCUACCCAGAAAGGAGACGCAGGCAAAGAAAUAGAUGGGAUUGAUAAUCUACAAAACAAAAAAAGCUUGUCAUUGUCUCAUUAGUUGUAGAUAUUCAGAUUAAACACUGAUCUGUGCGUCAUCUGUAUCACACUAACUAUUCCACAGUCUCUACCCGUCAUAUAUGUCAGCGUCACUGCCUGAAAAGGUGCUCGUGUGUGAAUUUCCGAGGAUGAGUCACUGUGACGAUGAUCCUCACUGUCACAUACACUGAGUUUUG